AUGGUCACGGGGUAUAUUGCUGGCGCCAUCGUCGAGGUCGAGGUCACGGACCAUGGUGAAAGACAUACCGUCACACAGGUGCUCAACUUUGCAUUAUUGAUCGAUCGACGACACGGCGAGCAGGCCGGCGACCGAAUAUUCGUCAAGUCUGACGUCGGUCCCGUUAGGCUGAUGGGCUACGUAGACAAAAAAGUUGAAAAUAGCGUAUUGAAUAUCAUGGUUGCAGGAAUCUACGUUGGUGUUUUUGACGGGAGACUGGAUAGACAUAUGAAGAUUGAUCUGAAUCUGGCAGCCGCAGACGGACAGUUGAGCUUGUACAAGAAAGAUAAGGCAUUCUGCAUGGACUAUGAUAUUGCGGUCCUUGGCACACCCUUCAAGGAGGAGGGGCGGAAGAUUGUCGCUCUGGAAUAA